GAGCGCGGGCAGCGGCCGCACCCCGGCGGGGGCACAGCGCGGCGCAGGGGACACAGCGCGGGCCGGAACGGGGCGCCCCGAUCCCCGCAGGGCUGCCUGCACGGCGCAGAGCGUAUCGCCGUCCCGCUCCCCCCUCCCCGUUAACCCUCUCGCCGCGCGGCCCUGGGUCCGCCACCGCCCUGGGGGGCCCUCCCCGGCCGCUCCGCUCCCGCCUCUACCUCCGCGCGGGAGGAGCCCCCCGGCCCGGUCCGGGCGCCGUCGCCACCGCCGCCUCCCCCGGAGCUGGAGCGUCUCCCCGGGGCGGUGGGGAAGAUGCAGGGCAACAAGGGCUUCAACAUGGAGAAACAGAACCACGCGCCGCGGAAGCAGCACCAGCACCAACACCAGCAGCACCCGCCGCCCUCCAUCCCCGCCAACGGGCAGCAGGCCAACAGCCAGAAGCAGCUGUGUACCUUAUUCCCCUCAGAUGAAGGCCUGACCAUCGACCUGAAGAAUUUCCGGAAACCUGGGGAAAAAACCUUCACCCAAAGAAGCCGCCUCUUUGUGGGGAAUCUGCCCCCAGAUAUUACAGAGGAAGAGAUGAGAAAGUUGUUUGAGAAGUAUGGCAAGGCAGGUGAAGUCUUCAUACACAAGGACAAAGGCUUUGGCUUUAUCAGGCUGGAAACUCGCACUCUGGCAGAGAUUGCAAAAGUGGAACUAGACAACAUGCCUCUCCGUGGGAAGCAGCUCAGAGUGCGUUUUGCGUGCCACAGCGCAUCGCUGACAGUCAGGAACCUGCCUCAGUUCGUGUCCAAUGAGCUCCUGGAGGAAGCCUUCUCAGUGUUUGGCCAGGUGGAAAGGGCUGUGGUGAUUGUGGAUGACAGAGGGCGAUCCUCUGGAAAAGGCAUUGUGGAGUUCUCAGGGAAGCCUGCUGCUAGGAAAGCCCUGGACAGAUGUAGCGAUGGCUCUUUCCUGCUGACGACAUUCCCUCGGCCUGUGACUGUGGAGCCCAUGGAUCAAUAUGAUGAUGAAGAGGGACUACCAGAAAAACUUGUCAUCAAAAACCAGCAAUAUCACAAGGAGCGUGAGCAACCUCCUCGAUUUGCACAGCCUGGCAGCUUUGAGUAUGAGUAUGCCAUGCGUUGGAAGGCUCUAAUAGAAAUGGAGAAGCAGCAGCAAGAACAGGUAGACCGUAACAUCAAGGAAGCUCGAGAGAAGCUGGAAAUGGAAAUGGAAGCAGCUCGCCAUGAGCACCAAGUUAUGCUCAUGAGGCAAGAUUUAAUGAGACGCCAGGAAGAACUGAGGAGGAUGGAGGAAUUGCAUAACCAGGAAGUACAAAAACGUAAACAGUUGGAAAUCAGGCAAGAGGAAGAACGCAGGCGCCGUGAGGAAGAAAUGAGAAGGCAGCAGGAAGAGAUGAUGAGACGCCAGCAGGAAGGCUUCAAGGGGAACUUUGCUGAUGCGAGGGAGCCACCGGACAUGCGAAUGGGACAGAUGGGUAUGGGAGGUACCAUUGGCAUGAACAAUAGAGGAGCUAUGGGUGGUACCAACGUCCCCGCUGCUGCGCCUCCUGCAGCUGGUCCUGGAGCUAUGAUACCCGAUGGAGCCAUGGGAAUGACUCCACCACCGCCUGCGGAUCGCUUUGGGCAGGGCAGCGCGAUGGAAGGCCUGGGAGCGAUGGGAGGGAACCCUCCUGCCUUCAACAGAGGAAAUCCAGGGGGUGAAUUUGGCCCUAACAAACGUCGCAGAUACUAACAGGAUUAAGCUGCCCCCUGCACUUGCCCCAAAGAGGAAAGGAAUCUUGGCAGGCCGUACAGGGUUCUACUCAGGGGGUGGGUAUCAGAAUAGUCGAUUAGGGCCUGCUUUGGUUAAGCCACUCUAGGACGAGGGGAGUGCAGUCUGACUGAUAAACAUUUUAUAGAGAAUUUCAUGUGGUGCAUUCCUAUAAUUUCAAUGUGAAAAUGGAUUCAGGGAGGCUGCCGUGGUUGUUCUCUAACGGUGAGAUCUGGCGAGGACCGCAAUGCCUUGACUGACCGUUCCAGGUGUGCUGUUUGCAGCCGGAGUCCUGAGGCAGAACCAGAUACAACUGCAGUAAGUCUUGGCAUUCUUUUGGAUUUUCUUAGUGUGUAGCACAGGGAAGGAGUCUCCGGAGAACUAGGGCAGCAUCUGGGUACUUUGCAGCUCCCGCGAUUCUGUACAUUUAUAUUGCUCCAAAUGGUCCAUCUGAUAGUGAAUUGGAGAGAUUUUUAUGUUCAUUUUUUCUGUUUUUUUUUUCCUCCUAACUUGUAGUUACUCUUUUUACCUGGACCAUCUGUUUCUUUAAAGUAGCUGACUGUCACGUGCAGCCUGAGUGGCUGGGAGGAUCUGUUGGGAUGAAUUUUUUGAUAAUGUGUUGUAUCGCUGUUUAUUUUUACUGGUAGUAAAGUACAAUCUAUUGGACAAAGAUACUGUAUCUCAUGCUGAAGAUUUAACUGAAACCAAUGUUUGUAUAAUCUUAACCUUGCCUGUCUUUUGUGUAGAAGUACUACAAGAUUUUUUCAUUUAGUGUAAACUGUUUGAACACAAGCUGUAAUUGUCCCACUAACAAGUUUGAGUUUGUCUGAGGAAUGUUACAGGAAUGCAUUAUUAAAGUGGAUUUUAAGCCUUUUU